CAGAUUAAUCGUCUAUUUUCGCCGGCAAUCCUCUGUUGUGUAUAUGCAUGUGCAAGUGUUCUCCGAAUGUCAAACUUUACGAAAACUCGACGAACAGUCUAAAGUUCACUUUUUUAGGGAUUUGAUUCGAAUUUCCGGCCUGUAAAGCCCGAAAAACUAAUUAAGAUCAACACAAGAAGCUCAAAUCAAGGAUACUCUGGGUAGUUCAGCAUAUCUAGUUUCUGAAGAUCAAAAUGGGACUUUGCUUAACUAAGCCUCUGAAUGAUGGGGAUGAUUCUGAUCAUAAUCUCAAGUUUGCUGGUGGAAAUAUUCACCUCAUCACAACCAAAGAAAGUUGGGAUGAAAAGCUGUCAGAAGCAAGGAGGGAUGGCAAGAUUGUGAUUGCAAAUUUCAGCGCAUCAUGGUGUGGUCCUUGUCGAAUGGUUGCACCAUUCUAUUGCGAGCUAUCUCAGAAACACCCUUCGUUAAUGUUUCUAACAGUCGAUGUUGAUGAACUAACUGAAUUUAGUACAUCAUGGGAUAUCAAAGCCACUCCGACCUUCUUCUUCCUUAGAGAUGGUCAGGAAAUUGACAAACUCGUGGGGGCCAACAAGCUGGAGCUACAGAAGAAGAUAACCAACAUUCUAGGUUCUGUUGCCCCAGGUCAGAAAUAACAGUUUGGUUUUUUAUUUUGUCACCAUGAGUGGCCAAGGAACUAUUCUGUCUGUUUUUGUUGCGAGUGCUGUGAGUCUCCGUCUAUAUACUUUGCCUUAAAUUUGUAAAGAAUACUAAUUUUAAUUACAUGAUUGUCUUGAAGAUUUGGAAUAUUUUAAGAGAUAAAACCUGGGUACUAAUGAACACUCCAUUUUCCAGAAAAUGGAGACUAAGGACUGUCAGAAAACUCUCUCUCUCUCUCUCUCUCUCUCUCUCUAUAUAUAUAUAUAUAUAUAUUCAGUUGGAAAUAUCUUUAUUAAUGAUUUAUAUAUUCAAGAAAGGAUAUCGAAGAACAUAAAUCCAAUUUGGGGACCUUCCAUGACUUGCAAAAUGAAUGGAAGAUGAUGACGUACCGAGUUUGAUGACACUGUUUCGUAGGGUCCUCAGCUAUCACAUGGCUGUAGCAAAAAUCUGAUCUUAUGCAGUGUGUAGCCUCAGUGACUUUGCCAAGAAAAAUUCCUACCUUUGUUUCUGGUUGCAUUCUUUGGAAAAACCAAGUCUCCUGCAAAUUUGGAGUACUUCUAAUUUGUUUAUGUAAUGCACAAAGCACGUGAACCAGUAGUUGAACCAUUAAUUGACAUAAUCUUCAUUGACUAGCAUUUGUGUCUGAGAACAAAAAUGCUAUGUAAUGCUCAAAUCAGGUGAACCAGUAGUUGAUUGAUUAAUCGACAUAGUUUUAUUGAAUAGUAUUUGGUUUGUUUUGAUUU